AUGUUUAUAUGACUUUAUUUAUUUUAGGUGUCACUAUUCAAAAUAUACAUAAAAUCACUUUGCAGAGACACAAAUCAGUUUUGUUGUUCUUAACCCCUGAAUGAAACAAAUAAAAUCACCAGAAACCAGAGAAAUAUAACAAAUAUAACAUCACUGACAAAUAUCCUUUUGUUCUCCUCUCCAUCUUUUUCUUCCUCCGCCUCCUUUUAAUCUGUCUCAUUUUACUUUGCAUCUGUUUACUAAAACAGUUUGACAUUUCAAUACUAACAAUCAAACCUUUUCUAAAUUCUCAUUAUGGACCUCUCAGGUUCUUUGCCUCCUCCUUCCCAAUACACCUCCUCUAUUAUCCCCAAUUUCUCUGUGCCCUCCUCCUCUCCCUCCAUCUCUCCAUCACCCAGCCUGGCCUCCACAGCUCUGUUCUGCUCGCUCCUCUCUCUCCUCUCCCUGCUGGGCAUCACUGGGAACCUGUACACUUUGGUCCUCCUCCUGAGGCGCAGGAGAAGUAGGAGAAGACAUGGAGCGGGACUGACCUGCUGCCUAAUGAGAGUACCUGUACCAUCCUGCCUUGCCAACUCCUCCUCCCCUUCUUCCUCUCCCAUCACCUCUUCCUCCUCCUCCUCCUCUCUUCACCUGCAGGUGCUGAGCCUCGCUCUUGCUGAUCUGCUCUACCUUUUCACCGCUCCCUUCAUUGUGUAUGACAGUCUGGCGUCCGACUGGGCCUUUGGUGAGCUGGGCUGCCGCCUCCUCCUGAGCCUGGACCUCCUAACCAUGCACGCCUCCAUCUUCACUCUCACCGCCAUGAGUCUGGACCGCUACCGGGCUGUGGCCCAUCCCCUCCGCACCUCCUCCUCCAACUCCUCUGGCCUGCUACGUGUGGGCCUGGCCUGGGGGCUGGCUGUGGCUCUUAGCCUGCCCAUGAUGAUCACUCUCCAUCUGGAGGACGGGGAGAACCAGGAGGGCCAGCUGUGUGUGCCUGCAUGGGAUGAGCAGAGCUCCAAGGCCUAUCUGAGCGUGCUGUUCUGCACCAGCAUUCUUGGUCCUGGGCUGGCCAUCGGAGCUCUUUAUGCUACUUUAGGCCGGCUUUACUGGGUUUCUCAGACUCAGUCUGCCUGGGCCACUGGGAGCAGUACUGCUUGCCCUCCUCGUGCUCCCAAACCUAAAGUCCUGCUCCUCAUCCUGGGCAUUGUCCUGGCCUUUUGGGCCUGCUUCCUGCCUUUCUGGAUCUGGCAGCUGCUGCCUCUGUACCAGCCCGACAUGCUGCGAACAGUACCAGUGGGGACACAGGUGACAGUGAACCGUAUCCUCACGGGGCUGACAUAUGGAAACUCAUGUGUGAAUCCGUUCUUCUACACACUAUUGACUGGGAAACAUAGACGCAAUCGGCAGACGCUGACAUCAGCAAAUCAGCUCUGCCGCAAGAGCAGUCCACUGCAGUAAUGUGGGUGUCUCUCUAACAGUGGAGACGAUAAUGUGAGUCUGUACAUGUAUGUUUUCUGGUAUACACACAUAUGUGUGAAAAGUACUGUAAAUGAAUGCUUUAUGAUUUCCACAAUAGGCACCAAAGACCAUUGAUGAAAUGAUAGCACUUUGUAUAAAAGCUUGGUCAAAGGAUAAUAUUUCCUAUUAGGAGAUUAAAUAAUAAUAUUUGGGUUUUAACUGAGUGCAAACUGACAAUCUCUGUUAGAUGUAUUACUGAAAUAAUGCUGUAUUUGCUAAAUCUGUCCAACCAUCAUAUAAAAUAAUAUGUCUUUAAUUGCUGUAGUAAGCAAGUUCUCACAAAAUGAUCAUUUUGUUUUAAAUGGUUUCCUGAUAUUACAUUAAUGGCUCUGGUAAAGUAAAAAAAUUUUAAACAAGUGGUUACUAAAGUGAUUACUUGUGUGAUGCCAUUAAACCCAAAACAACAGAGAGAGCCGGUUUAUUUAGUAAAGUGAAUUUUUGUCUCUAAUAAAUCCUGUACUAUAUAAUAUUAGGAAAGAUGAGUUAAUGCCAUAUGUUGUGCAUGUACAAGCAUUUCCAAUAAAACCUUGAUGCACUUCUGCUUGUUUUCAGAGAACAAUCAAAGAAAAUGUUUGUUUUUGAACAACUGGUUGUAACUGGUCUGGACCUCGUUGGGACAUUUUUCUGAGACAUUGUUUGUUGACAUAAUGAAUUAUGUUUGACUGGGUCAACAGUCUUUUGUUUGCUUCCCUUGAACCCUGACUUUUUUAUAAUCAUAACCUGCAUGUUGGGUUUGAAAAUGUACUUAUUAUUACGGAUCAUGCAAUGCUUUGCAUGGCCUCAACUUGUGUUGACUGUAACUGAUGUUUACAAUAAUGAAUAAUAUGUAGCCUUAAAUAAAGACUAUGAUUUCUGUUAUUCACUGAGUCAUUUUUAUCUUUACCUUGAGAAAAAUAUGAGCAUGUGUCUAU